CAAACUAGACAAGAAAAUGAACAGGCAAAAAGAGCACAAACUCUCACAAAUAGUGAAAUUUCUAUGAAUGUCUCAAAGUCUCUUCCAAAGUUUGGAAUCUGUUGUAAACAAGGCAAAGUUAAUCUACCUACCCUUCGAGCCAAAAUAGAUUAUACUGUUUUAAGUAUAUGUUCUUCAUAUUGUUUUUGUAUUCACGAUGAACUUCGUUACUUUUCAGGUUCACUUCUUUCUAAACAUGUUAAUGAUGCUGAGAAAUUCAGCAAAUUUUUCGGAACAUCACUGUUUUAUCCUAAAUAUCGACAAGUACAGAAAUUUCUUUCUCAAGCCCAUGAAGAAGGUGGUGUAUCUGAAACUGAUUUAUCUGUCUAUCUUUAUUUUAAUACAACUACAAACAGAUAA